AUGUCUCUGAUCGAGCUGGCAACAGUGCGACUGCAUCCUUCGUUGUCUUCUGGGCUACCUGACGCCUUCACUACAACCUGGGUUCGGGCUUGCAGCCUCGCCACCUCCGCUGCGAAUGGAGUUCCGUUCCAACUUUACAAGUCCACUAACCCAACGAGCAAGGACUUGUACUAUCUCAUCGGCGGCUGGCAGAGCGGGAAUGAUCAUAUCGCGUUCCUCUCGACCCCAGACGCAGUGACGGUAGCCAAAAGUAUUGGCGAAUACAUGAGUGUCGACCUUGUGCGCCAUGUUGAUGGAGACAUCAGUGCUUUGAACCAAGAGGACAGAGGCAGACCUAAGAAAUUGAGGGUCUCGAUAUAUAAAGUCCCCGAAUCGGUCGUUGAUGACUGGGCCUUCAAGUGGAACCAUAGCCAACUUGCAAGUGCUGGAGCUGGUGGAUGGGACCUGAGCGGUGCGGUACAGAAACAACACAAAGCUUUCAAACAGAUGGGCGAGGCGACGAACAGCGUUUCUGCAUUCGGCGAGAAAGACGAGAGUGGCAGUAAAACCUGGGUAUGGCUCGAGAGUAGUGGGAAGAGGUCUGGAGAGACUUGGGGACCUCAGCACCCUUUGGAAGGGUUUAACGACAUUCAGGCUGAUGUAUUUGAGAUGGAAUAUGUAUUGGGGUAG